AUGAACGAGUUUCUCUGCUUCUCAGAUGCAGCUUGGAAUAGUGCUACUAGUGCAGGAGGUUUGGGCUGGACAUGCUCUAACUCUGCCGGUGCUACUCUCCUGCAAGGAUCUUCACCGUGCCCCAUAGUGGCAUCAGCGCUAGUUGCAGAAGCACUGGCACUCAAGGCGGGUAUCAAAGCCGCUAUCUCCCUUAACAUCAAAGAUCUGGUCUGUCACUCAGACUCAAAAGGCUUGAUCAAUCUGAUCACAGGAAACACGUCUGUGAUUGCACUCCAAGGAAUUCUCCAUGACAUCAGUGUGUUGAGUAAUUCCAUGUCGUCUAUCUCUUUUAAAUUUGUACCUCGGCGUUGUAAUACGAUCACUGAUCGUCUGGCCAAAGAGGCUCUGUUUUCUGUAUCAAACUCUUCUUUGGGAAGAGAGAACCUUAUAGCUUAA